UCAGCACUAGCUUUCCAUUGCACUCUCCUUUCUCUCACACAUACAAGCCCCCAACCACUUCACAGAGAACAGCUAAUCCGCUUCUCUCACACUCCGUGCCGGGGCUUUCUCAUGAAUAGAUGGAGGAUCAGCCUCAGCCUUGCUCCCAUCCAUGGGGCUCAGGUAGUCCGACUGCCUCUGGAUCGGAAAGCAUCUCCUUUUCUUAGAGGGGAGAGGACCACUCGGAUCUUUCCUGAACAAAUGGACAGAGGAGCCAAGAGCCAGAAGACCUGUUGACCUGUUGAAAGGAGCACAGACCUCAUCAAGCAGUAAGGGAGAUGUCCGCAAGCCCAGCAGCCAACAGUUCAGCUUCCUCUCUGGUCCUGGGGGAGAGCACUGUGCGUAACAUUGUAAAGAUCAUCACGGGUGUGAUCUUCAGCUUUAUCCUCCUGGCUGGAGUGACCGGGAAUGGAAUAGUUUUGUGGGUCACUGGCCUGAAACUCCGUUGGACAUCCAAUACAGUCUGGUUCUUCAACCUCGCCUUGGCUGACUUGGCCUCCACCUCUCUGAUUUUUGUGACCAUCCUAUACUUGGCCUUGGAUCUGCACUGGCCCUUUGGAUCCGUGGCCUGCAAGGUGGCCAACUGCCUUUUUGGGCUUAGUGUGUGUAGCGGCGUGCUCUUGCUCAGUUCCAUUAGUGUGGACCGCUGUGUCCUUGUAGUGGCCCCUGUCUGGUGCCAAAACUACCGCACGCCCCGCCUCACUUGGGGGGCAUGUGGGUUUCUCUGGCUGCUCUCCUUGGCUUUCUUUGUCCCCAGCUGCUACUUCUUCACUGAGGUCUCACUAGAAAAGAACAACCGGAGCUCCUGCAACAACCUGGAUGUCUUCCAGGACUGGCAGGAAGCUGAAGUCCUCACCAUUUGCAUCUUUCUCUAUCAAUUCCUCCUGCCUUUAUUGGUCAUCUCCAUCUCCUACACAAUCUUGGUGGUGACCAUGCACAAGAAGAAGCUCAACAAAUCCAGCAAGCCUUUUUUGGUAGUCACCAGAGUGGUCUUCUGCUUUUUCAUGUGUUGGCUGCCCUAUCAUGCCUUGGCUUUGGCAAGGAUCUCCAUGGACACGGUGCCAGAUUCCGUGCGCCUGGUAGCCAUCCCCCUCUCCAAGUGCCUUGCCAUGUUCAAUAGUUGCAUCAAUCCUUUGCUCUAUGUCUUUGUGGGGCAGGAAUUCCAGGAUGCAGUAAGGAGGUCCUUGCUGCAGGUCUUCAGGACAGCUUUUGAGGAGGCACCCAUGGCAGCCAAUCUCUGAGAAGCAAAGGGGAGUCUCGCUUUCUUGAGAUCUCAUUAGUGGAAGGAAAACCAUCUUCUGGUUACAACUAACCACAGUUUGGCCUUUUGCUACUAGCUACUGCCACCCUGCUGUGGAGGACAGAACCCACUGUAAAGAAAUGGGGAACCUGCAGUCCUAUAGGUAUUAUUGUACUACAGCACCCAUCAUCCCUGACAAUUGGUCACACUUCUGGGACUGAUGGGGGGGUGGAGUGCAACAAUAUCACAGGGUCCACUAGUUCUCUUAACACCACUUUAAGCAAGCGUAUCACUUAAACUCUGGAUCAAGGUACUGUGAAGCCAAAAUCUACAAAAUUAAUAGAUACCAAUUUUUCAAAAACUUUGAAAAGCAUCAACAUUAUUCAGUUUAUGCUUGUGAUAGGAAGGAACCCAACAAUGAACUCAGGCUCCUCAUUCUGCACUCCUAAGAUUUCUCCCAAGAUGAUCCAUCUUUCUUCAAGCGUAACAAGGGCUAGCAACCUGACUUUUAAAAAGAAGAGAAAACAGAAAGUCAUAGGAUUUUCAUAGUGUCACAGGAUGCCACCUUUGGCAACCAUUAUGCUAUUUAUGUACACAGAGAAUUUCUGAAAAUGGGCAGAUCUGGUGAAAAGAGACUUCUGAACCAGCAUUAAUGCCAGCUUCUUGGUCCAAUUGCACAAUGUAACCCUAUCAGGUCUAAUCUGUAGUAAAUCAAAUGAAUUAAAUGGGAAUGGCCUGGCAAGUGUGUGAGAUUGUAGUCUUAAGUUUGUGUCCUUCCCUACUCUGCCUUAUCUUAGUCUUAUAACCUGGCCACUCUGUUUCGGUAUGUGGAAUUGGGAAAAGAGCGACACACCUAUGCCGAUAUGCCACUCUUGAAAAUAGU